UCGCCCCUGUACGGGAAGUUCCUGUCGCUGGAGCAGCUGCGGGAGCUGGUACGGCCAUCGCCCGUCGCGCUCGCUGCCGUGCACGAGUGGCUGCAGGGCGCCGGCGUGACGGACUGCCGCAGCGUUGCCACCUUGGACUUCCUGGAGUGCGUCAUGCCCACCAGCACGGCCGAGCGCCUCCUGCCUGGCGCCAAGUUCCACCGGUACGUGAGCGGCCCAAGCAGCGUCGUGCGCUCCCCCACUCCCUACGCUGUCCCUGCGAAGCUGGCAGAGCACCUCGACUUUGUGGGAGGCCUGCACCGGUUCCCUGCGAAGAGGAAGGUGGUGAGCAAGGCCUGGGCCACAGAGCCGGCACCUGGAGCUCAGUCCCAGCAGGGGGGCUUCCACCUGGGCGUGACACCCUCUGUCCUCCGCAAGCGCUACAACCUGACGAAGGAGGACAUUGGGGCCCUGUCCAACAACAGCCAGGCCUGUGCCCAGUUCCUGGAGCAGUACUUUCACCAGGCUGACCUGGCCGAGUUCAUGCAGCUCUUCGGGCGUAGCUUCGGGCACCGCUCCUGUGUGGACCGAGUGGUUGGGCAGCAGGGCCAGGGCAGGGCGGGGCUGGAGGCCAGUCUGGACGUGGAGUACAUCAUGAGUGCCGGUGCCAACAUCUCCACCUGGGUCUUCAGCAAUCCAGGGAGGCACGAGACCCAGGAGCCCUUCCUGGCCUGGCUGCUGCUGCUCAGCAACAUGUCGGCACUGCCCUGGGUGCACUCGGUGAGCUACGGGGAUGAUGAGGACAGCCUGUCUGGUGCUUACCUGCAGCGCGUCAACGUUGAGUUCCAAAAAGCAGCGGUCCGGGGCCUCACCGUGCUCUUUGCCUCCGGGGAUGAAGGUGCCGGAUGCAGGAAAUCCCCUGGGGGGGCCCACGCUUUCCGGCCCAGCUUCCCAGCCUCCAGCCCCUACGUGACCACGGUGGGCGGCACGGCCUUUAAGAACCCCUUCCUGGUGUCCCUGGAGGUGACGGACUACAUCAGUGGUGGUGGCUUCAGUAAUGUCUUUCUUAGGCCAAACUACCAGGCCACAGCGGUGAAGAAAUUCUUGCAGUCGGCCCCCAAGCUGCCGCCCAGCUCCUACUACAACAGCAGUGGCCGUGCCUAUCCUGAUCUUGCUGCCCUGUCCGACAACUACUGGGUUGUGUCGAACCUCAUCCCCCUGCCGUGGGUGUCCGGCACCUCGGCAUCCACUCCAGUGGUUGCAGGCAUCGUGGCACUGAUCAAUGACCGGCGCCUGCAGCGGGGGCUGCCCGCCCUGGGCUUCCUGAACCCCGUGCUGUACAAGCUCCAGGAGAAGGGGCCUAGUGCUGCGCUCUUUGACGUCACCCAGGGCUGCCACCUGUCGUGUCUGGAUGCUGUCGUGGAAGGGCAGGGCUUCUGUGCUGGCCCCUCCUGGGACCCCGUUACGGGGUGGGGCACUCCUAACUAUCCACAGCUCCUGCAGGCACUGCUGGCUGCAUGAUGCCUGCUUUAGUGGGGCUGAGAACAGGCAUGACUGUGCAGCCGGCAGAGCACACCCAGCCCAUGGAUUCCCCUCCCCAUGGGCACACAUGGGGCUCCCCCCUCUCCCCAUGCUCUGGUGCUGGAGCUUCUGCUGGCAGGAAGGGGCCUUGGUGCUGCCCCUGUGUGUGGCGCCAGUAACAACCAUGCUUUCCUCGUUGACUUCCCUCCUGGGGCUGGAGGGGCCUCAGGAGUGGCCUGGCCUGGGGCCCAUCCUCCCUUCCAGCUGCCUGCUUGGCUGGAGCAGGGGUCUCGGCCUUGCAGCCACAAGCACCCUCCAGAAUCUCAGAAUGUAGCAGCCCCCCC